AUGGCACAAGCUGUUGGCCACAUGUGCGUUGUUCAUAACCUGCGAUCUCUCUACGAUCGUAUAAAACCGGCGCCUACGUAUAUGAUAUUGCAAGCUGUGGAUGAGACACCAUGUCAUCAUUUUGCAGAGGAUCUAGAGGCUCGCGCCAAGAAUGGGCCAGCAAACUUGGACUUGGCCAAGACAGAACCAUGGUGGAUAGGACAUCUACCACUCACCAGAGCAUAUGAGGAGGCUGGUACAGUCCUUUAUAAAACAGUCUUCCCGGCUAUGGUGUCAUAUUGUGAAGAUAGUGCGCGAUACGGUGGUUAUGACACAUAUGGCGGCCAAGUGGACUUAUUUAUGUGUACUUCUAAAGAGCUUAUUGGUAAAGUACCUGAUGAUAAGGUUUUCAGUUUGCCGUCGGAGAUACACUGGGGUCAGGAGGAUGAGAAUAAUAGUCCGUAG